AGCAUCUCAAACGCUGAGAUCCCUGCAGAUUCAGCAAAUACUCAGUCUCAGCCAUGUCUAAGCUCGAGAAGGCUAUUGUCUCUAUGUUGGAGGUGUUUGAAGAGUACGCUGGUACAGAUGACAACAAGAAGAGUCUGAGUAAUGCUGAGCUGAAAACUCUGAUCCAGAACCAGCUAAGCAGCCCUGAGUUUAAGACUAAGGUGGACCAAGAGGAUGUCCGUGAGGCUCUGGACAAAAUGGAUAAGGAUAAGGAUGGCCAGGUGAGCUUCAAGGAGUUCACUGAGUCCAUGAGCCGUCUUGCCCAGGGCUACUACAAGAAGAAGUACUGCAAGGGCCAAAAAUGAAGUCAUUCGUACAAGCAGCACUUAAUCCUCGAGAAAUGAAAUGAAAGUCAUAUUAUAAUCUGUGCAAGCUUUGUGAAUGUAUUUAAUACAACAGCAGUUUCACUACAUUCAAAGACACAACUAUGUAUGUCUGGAUAAC